AACAAUUGUAAAAGCAAUGGUCUGUAAAAUACCUGAUGACUGCACAGGGUGUAAACAGUUUUUGUAACAUGUCUUAAAACGCUGAGCUCUCAUGACCUGGGAACACAUUAUUUUAUUUCUUGUGUGUUUGAACUCAAGAGCUUGCAGCUGUUGCCAUGGCUCCGCUGAAUGAUUUUAUGAUGCCAGGAUGAGAUAUAAAGCUAUCUGAGAGGUAGCAGGGCUUCAUGGUGCUUUGACUGAUGCUGAAGGAGCAACCUCAGAUGGAUUUUGUCUACAGUAGUGGGGUGCUGGUCAUACAGCACCUCCAGACCAACUACAAGGAAUACCACGACUUCCUCAACUUCAUGUCGACUGUUGGUGACCCCCGUAAUAUUUUCUCUGUUUAUUUCCCCCUCUGGUUCCAUCUCAGUCAUGAUGUGGGCACCAAGAUGAUAUGGGCGGCUGUUUUCGGAGAUUGGUUCAAUCUUAUUUUCAAAUGGAUUCUAUUUGGGCAGCGACCUUACUGGUGGGUGCACGAAACUCACUUCUACCACAAUGAUUCAGUCCCCUAUUUGGAACAAUUUCACAUAACAUGUGAAACAGGUCCAGGUAGUCCAUCUGGUCAUGCCAUGGGCUCAUCAUGUGUGUGGUAUGUGAUGAUCACGUCUGCUCUCAGCUUCAUCCGACCCUCCAGUGUCAAAUCUGUCCAGAGUUUUCAGAGGUUUCGUCUUCUGAAGUCUUCUUUGUGGAUGACUUUUUGGCUCAUUCAGAUAAGUGUUUGCGUGUCCAGGGUUUUUAUUGCCACACAUUUCCCACAUCAGGUUAUCCUCGGUCUUUUAGCCGGUAUGCUGGUUGCUGAAGUGUUUGAUCACAUCCCCUCAAUCUACUAUGCAAGCUUGAAAGUGUACAUCCAGACCAAUGUUUUUCUUUUCUCUUUUGCUGCUUGCUUUUAUUUGCUACUCAAAUUAACGGACAUUGAUCCUCUGUGGUCAGUUACUAAAGCCAAGACGUGGUGUACUAACCCAGACUGGAUCCAUCUUGACACCACUCCUUUUGCUGGUCUGGUGAGAAACCUGGGAGCCCUGUUUGGUCUGGGCCUGGCCGUGAACUCGGAGAUGUUUAUUCAGAGCUGUAAGGGGAAAAACAGCUACAAAACCAGAUUUAAACUCAUGUGUGUGACAGCAACUCUCACAUUUCUGCAACUGUAUGAUUUUAUCAAAAUGCCCACUCACACUGAGGUUCUGUUUUAUGUCCUGUCAUUUUGUAAGAGCGCUUCAGUUCCCUUCAGUGUAGUUGCUGUUAUUCCGUACUGUGUUCACUUGCUGAUCGGAGAGGAGGACAGGAAGCUACGUUAAAGUUCUAAGAAAACAUCUUGUAACAUAAUUCAUAUCACUUUUAAUUUUCUUUUUUAAGCAUAUAAGUGGGUACGCUUUCAUCACCCAAAAUUCACAGUUAGGCUACUGUACAGUCACAUAAGCAAUGGAAUACGUUUUUAUGUGGUGUAACUUUACGUGGUGAACAUAUGAACUGUGACACAUGUAUCUGAGUUUUUAUCCUUUAUUUGUUUGUUUUACAUACAGUAUAGUUCACUGUAUGAAUGAAUAUGUGAAGC